UAAACUCUCGCUCACUCUCGCACGCAGCACGCUAAUCAGAACCGCCGCACCGUCCAGUCGCUCACUCUCUUGCGUUACGGCUGCCGGUCACCGUCUCUCACGGCGUGGCUACCAGUCAAUGUUGCUCACAGCGCGGCGGCUCUUCCUCUGUUUUAAUCACCAUUUCUCUCUCAAGCCGGUUACUCUCUUCCAUGCCCUAACUUCCCUGCCCAUUCUCUCGGCGCCACCAUUGAAGCUCGCCUCCGCCAAACCCUUGCGCGGAAAUCGUUGCGAUAGAGAUUCGCCCAGCUUUGUGCCGCUGCCAUGUCUCCGCCUGCAUCGUUUCUAUUGAUGUCGCCGCCACCACCAUGCCCGGCCGUCUCCGUUGUCGCUCUUAUAAGGUCAGUUCCUUGGCUUUUUAACAUAAAUUUGACUGAUCAUACAAGUAGAAUCCAAACCCUGACUUUUCAGCCAUAAGAAUACCUUUAUUCUUCCAUGCAAUUAAGCUAACAGAUUUUCUUAUUUUGUGUUGGCAGCCUAAGAAUUAUUUGUUACACAGUUGCAGUUCGAAGUAGUUCACUUGGAAAAUUGUUGCUUUCAUUAAACCAAUAAGAUUAUUAAUUAACAAAACAGGAAUAAGAUAAUUUUGUUAAAGCUUAUGGAUGUCGCAAGGAUGCUUGGGCAAAAUCUUUAAUGGAACUUGCAGGGCAGCAGUGAUUAGGAUGAUCUUGUUCUUGACAACAUGCUUGGUGAUGAUGAUUAUAACAGUGACAAUUUGUUCGUCGAUGAUUCUGAGUUGGUGGAUACUGCUCUUUUAUGAAGUUGUCUUAUUUUUUAUGCAACUUUAUUUGAUUUCUUUCAAUAUAUUAAUGCUCAUGAGAUUAGCUUAUUCCUGCUUGAUUCAUGGUUCUAUGGUAAAUUAGUUAUCUUUUUUUGGUGGGCUUAAGUAGGGGGAAUGAAUAUGAGCGCAUUAUUCACAAAGUUGUGCAAGGGGCUGGCAGUGGUAUUAAUAGGCGGCCACUUUGCUGUGCAGAUUUCCUCCGCUGUUUCUUAUCUAGUUCUCAUCCCUGCCAAGACAAUUCCUUUUGCUUGGAAUCUCAUUACAGCUGAAUAUGUUGAACAAUCUACGGGAUUAAUGUUAAUGGAAAGUGCUCAAUUGGAGAGAUAUAUAAACUGCGGUCAGAGUUGGCAUAUGAUGAGUAUUAAGGAUAUGGUGAAGAAAAGAAGACAACAUUGGACAUAUUGGUUCAUGCAUCACAUUUUGAAGGAACGAAGGAGCAACAAGUAUUAACCCAUUUGAAUAUUAAUUAGGAUCGAACUUAUUUGGUAGUAGAUUUACAAAUAUUAACUCGUUUUAGUUAUAUAUAAGUAGUGUUAGGAUUUAACGUAUUUUGUAAUGGAUAUGCUAGAACUGAUUUAGUUGAAUUUUAAGUUGUAAUGAAUAUUGGAAUUUUGUCAUGAUUAUGUUAUAAAAUUUCUCAUGAUUUUCUCA